AUGGAACACGCACGACCACCAUCGGAAUUAGUACUUGAAGGUGGUCCGGCUGCAAGGUCCGACGCGUGGCGAAAAUGGUCUAAACAAUUUAUGGUGUUUAUGAAGGCCUCUGGAGUUUAUAAAGAGAGUACGGAUGUCAAAUCAAGUUUACUGGUGAAUUUGAUUGGAUCCGACGGGUACGACAUAUACACAACAUUUAAAUACGAUAAAAAUGAAAAUCAGGAGGACUUUGAUAUUCUCAUAAAUAAAUUUAACGAACAUUUUGGUAUGAAAAAGAACACCACUAUGGCUCGAUUCAAAUUUUUCACGAGAAACCAAGAGAGAGGUGAAACUAUAGAUGAGUAUGUGACCGCUCUGAAGCUUCUUACGCAGUCGUGUGAAUUCGAACAUCUGGAGGAAGGUCUCAUACGUGACCGAAUCGUGUGUGGUGUGACCGACAGCAAGCUGCGUGACCGUCUACUUAGAGAAGACGAUCUCGACCUGGGACGUGCCGUGAAAAUCUGUCAAGCUAGUGAGAUGACCGCGGAGGAACAACGUCAGAUAGAAAACGCCAAGUGUGGGACCGAAGCGGGCACAUCGUCGGCUGUGGACGUAGUAUAUGGAGCACGAACGGAGCAACAAUGGGGAGCCAGCAGGUACCCGCGCGGCGGCCGCCAGGCGAGGCGAGGCCGCGGGCGGCUGGGCGCGCCUGUUGCGGACGGCGCGGCGGCGGCGGCUCGCGGGUGUGCGGCCUGUGGUUCGGCGCGCUGUCAAGGAGGUUCACAGUGCUCCGCCAAAAGUGUUAAGUGUUUUUCGUGUCAUGAAAUAGGCCAUUUCAAACGGAUGUGUCCGGGUAAGCGUUAUAAAAAUAAAAUAUAUCAUAUAAAAGAAAGUGCUAGUGAUAGUGACGAGGAACUAUAUUACGUUUCUACACUGGACGGAAAUUCUGGCAAUAAGAACUGUAAGUGGUACGAAACCUUGUCAUUAGUUAGUAAUAAUAGUAAACAAGUAUUCAAAUUAGACACAGGGUCGGAUUUAAACGUCAUGUCAAUUAAUACUUUUUUAAAUUUGGGUUUGAAUACUUCAAGUCUGUCUCCUGACAAAACUAAAGCACAGUCUUUUUGUGGUAAUUAUAUUCCUAUCAUCGGGUCUUGCUAUAUCGACUGGAUUUAUAAAAAUCGUAAAUACAAUCUUUAUUUUAUAAUCUCUGAUCAAAAUUGUCAGAGUGUAUUGGGCAAAAAUGCUUGUGAUGAAUUAGGUUUAGUAAGACGAAUAUUUGCCAUAAAUAUAGACGAUUAUGAUGAUCUUUUUCAAGGUGUAGGGAAGUUACCAGGUAAGUACAGUAUUAUCACAGAAAUAGGAGCACAACCAGUAGUGUGUCCAGUGAGAAAAAUACCUUUAGGUGUAAGGGAUAAAUUAUUUUUAGAAUUAGAACGAAUGGAGAAGCUGGGGGUGAUUAGAAAGGUAGCACAUCCGACACCGUGGGUGAAUGCUAUAGUUGUAGUGGCGAAAAAAGAUGGCAGCAUUCGCUUGUGCCUAGAUCCUCGAUCACUAAACCGCGUAGUACACCGCGCGCAUUAUCCCCUUCCGACUGUUACAGAGAUAGCUGCGAAAUUGAAAGGAGCACGAUUUUUUAGUAAACUGGAUGCUCGUUCUGGUUUCUGGAUGAUACCAAUUUUGCGUUUACCGUAUGGUAUCAACUGCGCUUCGGAAGUGUUUCAUGCAAAAGUACGGGAGCUCUUAGAGGACCUCGUAGGCGUGGACUCAUUCGUAGAUGACAUUAUAGUCUGGGGAUCUGAUAAGACACAGCAUGAUGAACGGUUAAAGAUGUUACUAGAUAGGGCACGUCAAGUUGGUAUAAAAUUUAACAUAGCUAAAUGUGAAUUCUGUGUACCACAAGUUACUUACUUAGGACACAAGUUUAAUUCAGAAGGUAUGCAUGUAGACAAUAAUAAGUUAAAAGCAAUUAAGGACAUGCCUAAGCCACAGGAUCGAAAGUCAUUAGAACGUUUUCUUGGAAUGAUAAAUUAUCUUUCAAAAUUUAUACCUAAUUAUUCUCAGGUAGCCCCCCCGUUACGUCAAUUAUUAAAAAAAGACACAGUAUGGCAGUGGGACUCCAUACACGACGCGGCUGUACAGCGAUUAAAAGAAUUAGUGUGCGGUGCGCCUGUGCUAGCUUUAUACUCGUUGACAGAACCGGUCGUGUUAUCAGUGGACGCAAGUUCGUGCGCGCUCGGCGCAGUGUUGCUUCAGGGAGGCCGUCCGGUCGAGUUCGCCUCCUCAACGCUCACCGAAACACAGAGUCGCUAUGCACAGAUAGAAAAAGAGUUGUUGGCGAUAGUAUAUGCUUUAGAACGGUUUCACCAAUAUAUUUUUGGCAGAAAAAAUGUAGUAGUCGAAACAGAUCACAAACCUUUAGAAGCCUUAUUUAAUAAAUCUUUGAAUUCUGUUCCGGCUCGGUUACAACGGAUGAUGCUUCGCGCACAAGCAUAUAAUUUUAAAGUCAUUUAUAAACCGGGCAAAUAUAUGCAUAUCGCCGAUGCAUUGUCGCGAGCGCCGUUAAGCGAAUUAAUGAAAGAUCAUAUAUCAGACGAAAUAACAGAACAGUCUUGUUUUUUAAUACAAAAUAUUCGAUUCAGUGACAGUAAAAUAAGAGCUGUGCGCGAUGCUACUGAGAAAGAUGAUGAAUGUAAGUCAAUAAUACGAUACAUAAUGAGGGGAUGGCCGAGUAAUAAAUUUGAUGUAGACGAACUAGUUCGUAGUCAGUGGUCAUACAACGAAAGCUUCGAAUAUAUAGACGGUAUAAUUUUUAAAGACAACCUGGUGUAUAUACCGCGUCGUUUGCGCACGGAAAUGAUUCAGCGGGUGCACGACGGUCACAUGGGAAUCGACCGGUGCAAGCGGCACGCGCGCGACGUGAUGUUUUGGCCGGGCAUGUCUCGCGACGUGGAGCGCGCCGUGCGCCGGUGCGCGGCGUGCGUCGAGCGCGCCCACCGCCCGCCGCGGGAGCCGCUCGUGCCGCACAACAUACCGGACCUGCCCUGGGCCAAAGUCGGCUCAGACUUAUUCCAAUGCGGUAAAAAAUAUUUUCUUUUACUCGUCGAUUAUUUUUCAAACUUCAUAGAAGUAAGUCCGCUGACUAGUAUCAAUAGUAAAGCGGUAAUUCUCGCAAUGAAAGAUCACUUCUCUAGGCACGGGAUACCGCAGGAACUCGUAACUGAUAACGGUCCGGCGUAUGCUUCAAAAGAAUUCAAAAUGUUUAGUGAAAGUUGGGAUUUCGACCACACUACUACUUCACCUAAUUAUCCUCAAUCGAACGGUCGUAGUGAACGUAGUGUACAGAUUAUUAAAAAUAUUCUCAUUAAAUCCAUGAAGUCGGGUACAGAUUUUUAUUUGGGUCUUCUUAAUUUUAGAGCGACUCCACGAGAUGGUAUAGACGCUCCAUCACAAUUAUUAAUGGGACGAAGGCUAAAUACCAGGUUACCGUCGCACAUUUGUAAGUUGUAUCCGUUUCGUGAUAAUACGAAUCAAUAUAAAACUAUUAUAAGUAAGCAGAAUAAUAAUAAACAGUACUACGACAAACAUGCACGCGAUUUACCCGAAUUACGGCCGGGGGAAUCUGUUAUAAUGAUAGAUGGAUACGGAAACGACCGAAAAAGGGCACGAGUGGAUGCACGAUCAUCACAACCGCGAUCGUAUUUUGUUAGUGAUGACUCGGGUAGGCGUUACAGGCGAAAUAGGCGACACCUGAUACAGGUUGCAAAAACUGAACUGGGCAAAAGUGAUAAUCUAGAAGGAGACGAGGAAAGAUGGUCAAGUGCGGAGAGUGAGGGUGACGAAUGUUAUUCAUAUCAAAAGGUAGAUAAAAAUACAGCAAAUACAGAACAAGAUCUUGUAAAAAACCAUUUGUCUAAUUGUAAAAACCAGAAGCGUACCCCCAGACAGGCGGUAGCCGUAGCUAAGCAUGAAAUAAAAAAAAAUGUAUAA